CUGCAAAAACCGAGUUAGACCAGAUGUUGUCUUCUCACACGGUUUGCAAAUCAUCAAGUAACUGGGCAUCCCCACUUCAUAUGGUCCCAAAGUCGAACGGUGACUGGCGCCCCUGUCGUAACUAUCGAGCUCUCAAUGCAGCCACUAAACCAUACCGUUACCCUGUGCCUCACGUUCAGGAUUAUUCUGCUCGUCCUGCUGGUUGCAAAAUCUUCUCCAAGAUUGACCUGGUUCGUGCAUACCAUCAAAUUCCUGUUGCUCCUGAGGAUGUCUCUAAAACAGCAGUCGUUACACCGCUCGGCGUUUUUGAGUUCAAACGUUCGCCAUAUGGACUGCGCAAUGCGGCCCAGACAUUCCAACGAUUCAUCGAUGAAGUCUACCGUGACCUGGACUUUGUGUUUGUAUUCAUUGACGACAUCCUGGUUUUCAGCACCACGCCUGAUCAACAUCGCCACCAUCUGCGCCAGCUUUUUCAGCGACUGGAGCAUUACGGCUUAGUCAUUAAUCCUAAGAAGUGUGAGCUUUGCCGUUCACAGUUAUCAUUCUUAGGAUUUCCUCAACCUGUUGACAAGAAGGAUUUCCUCAACUUGUUGACAAGAAGAAGUUACGCGAUUUCCUCGGUAUGGUCAAUUUUUACCAUCGCUUCAUCCCUCAUUGUGCUGGCAGGCUACAUCCCUUGCACAAACUAUUAUCCUCUACCGAUUUUAUUUGGUCUCCAGAAUGUGAGGAAGCAUUCCAGUUCUGUAAAUCCGCCCUAGCUAGUGCAACACUGUUGGUUCAUCCGCAUUAUAAUGCACCAACCAGUAUAACAUCUGAUGCCUCAGAUCUAGCUGUGGGAGCCGUCAAAACCCCAUCGGUUUCUUUUCUCACAAGCUACAGCCGUCAGAAACACGUUACAGUACGUUUGAACGAGAAUUGCUAGGCGUUUACUUAGCCAUUCGUCAUUUUCAGUGGUUUAUCGAAGGUCGUGUGUUCCAUGUGUACACUGAUCACAAACCCUUGACUUUUGCAAUCUCAAGUGGGUCAAGCCAACGCUCUCCACGGCAAAUCCGGCAGUUGGCUUUUAUUUCUGAGUUUACCACCGACCUGCGACACGUCAAGUCUAAGAAUAACGCAGUAGCGGACGCGUUUUCCAGAAUCCAAAUCAAUGCCACCUCCUAUACCCAAAUUGGCUUUCUGGCAAUAGCUCAAGCACAAGCUGAUGAUUAUGAGAUCCAGUGCCUGAAAGCUGGGGUAACAAAUUUAAAGUUAGUGGAUGUUCUCCUUGAUGGUGAUGACAACAUUACACUUCUCUGCGACUCGUCUCAGGGUAAUAUUCGACUAGUAGUCCCAGAGUCUUUUUGUCGCGAGAUAUUCAACCUGAUCCAUAAUCUUUCCCAUCCAGACGCUAGAUCGACCUGUAAGCUCGUCAGCGCCCGGUGCAUGUGGAACGGUCUCAAUCGUGGUGUUCGUCGGUGGAUUCGAACUCGCAAUGGUUGCCAGCAAUCUAAAAUUCAUCGUCAUACUACAGCGCCGCUCCAGAAGUUCGAUAUCCCAGACCAUAGUUUCGCUGAGACUCAUGUUGACAUUGUCGGCCCACUUCCGCUGUCUCGAGGGUUCAGUUAUCUGUUCACAUGCAUUAAUCGCUACACCCGGUGGACUGAGGCUAUUCCGAUGGUCGACAUGACGGCGGGAAGCUGUGCACGUGGUCUGUUACAUGGUUGGAUAUUACGGUUUGGCCUGCACAGGAGCAUUAUGUCGGAUCGUGGCCGGCGAUUUGAAUCCAACCUCUGGGCAUCUCUCAUGCUUCUUCUCGGGAUUAAGCGUAACCGUACAACGGCCUACCACCCACAAUCUAAUGGUAUUGUUGAGCGCUUCCAUCGGCAACUCAAGACAUCCGUGAAAGCUCUGCUAAAUGGCCCAAAUUGGUGAGACGAAUUACCUAUUGUGAUGCUUGGAAUCCGGACCACCCUCAAAUAAAAUCUUGAAUGCAGUCCAGCGGAGUUAGUCUAUGGAACCACUCUUCACUUCCCCGGGGAAUUUUUCAAUCCUUCCCACAACGAGGCCGUCGAUCCUUCCUCAUUCCUUGGCCGACUUCGGGAUACAAUGCACCAGCAACGUCCUGUUCCCCCACAAAACCACGGUUUGCGUCCAUCUUAUGUACCACGCAUUACAUCAAGCUACACACGUUUACGUUAGGCACGAUGAAGUCAAAAGUCCGUUGCAACGACCCUACGACGGCCCAUUCCUUGUCAUCCAACGCAAUGACAAGUUCUUUACCCUCAACAAGAAUGGGUGUCGUGAUACAGUCUCUAUCGACAGGUUCAAGCCAGCAUUCCUUGAGAAAAUGGACGACCCUCCGCUCAACCCAACAACACAUCCUAUGACACCUGUUCCUCCCGAUACAAUUGAACCACCCUUGCCAAUGGUACUGCCAACACCAUCGUUAACGACACGUUCUGGUCGUACGGUACACUUACCAAGACGUUACCGCACUGGGGAGGGGGGAGCCUUGUAG